CCUCCCCCUGCUCCUGGUCCUCCUCCUCCUCCCCCCCUUUCUCCUCCUCCUCCCCCUGGUCCUCCUCCUCUUAUUCCUCCCGCUUCUUCUCCUCCUCCUCCCACUUUUCCUGUUCCUCCCGCUUCUUCUCCUCCUCCUCCCACUUCUCCUGUUCCUCCCUCUUCUCCUCCUCCUCCUCCAACUUCUCCUGUUCCACCUCCCGCUCCUCCCACUUCUCCUCCCCCUCCUCCCACUUUUCCUGUUCCUCCCGCUUCUCCUCCUCCUCCCCCUGGUCCUCCUCCUCUUAUUCCUCCCGCUUCUUCUCCUCCUCCUCCCACUUUUCCUGUUCCUCCCGCUUCUCCUCCUCCUCCCCCUGGUCCUCCUCCUCUUAUUCCUCCCGCUUCUUCUCCUCCUCCUCCUCCUCCCACUUUUCCUGUUCCUCCCGCUUCUUCUCCUCCUCCUCCCACUUCUCCUGUUCCACCUCCCGCUCCUCCCACUUCUCCUCCCGCUUCUUCUCCUCCUCCUCCUCCCACUUUUCCUGUUCCUCCCGCUUCUUCUCCUCCUCCUCCCUCUUCUCCUCCUCCCACUUCUCCUCCUCCUCCAACUUCUCCUGUUCCACCUCCCACUUCUCCUCCUCCUCCAACUUCUCCUCCUCCCACUUCUCCUCCUCCUCCAACUUCUCCUGUUCCACCUCCCGCUCCUCCCACUUCUCCUCCCGCUCCUCCCACUUCUCCUCCUCCUCCCGCUUCUCCUUUUCCUCCUCCCACUUCUCCUGUUCCUCCCUCUUCUGUUCCUCCCUCUUCUCCUCCUCCUCCUCCCACUUCUCCUCCUCCUCCUCCCACU